UUUUACAUCCACUUUAACACUGGAUUGUUUUAUCAACCUGUCUAUGCACAACUGCUCUGUGGUCCAUGACGGUGGGAAUGCAGGACAGUUCCUCAGCACAGGACAUGGUCUCCUGAGCAGCCCGUCCACCGACACAUCCAAGGACUAAACCAGUCAGUGUAUCCUGGGCCAUGACUGCUCUGCUUCACAACGUCAGCGGCCCAGGGAGCACAGCGGUUCUGCUGCCGAUCACCGACAGCCCAUUCAACCUGACCGCAGCGACUCAGGCAGGACCCGGGUCAGGCCAAUCACUGGCUCCUCUCUGUACCCUCUGUUGCUGUGGGUUUGUCAACCGUACCUUGGCAGUGGUGUUCAUGGUCAGCCUGGCAUUUGCCAUCGUGGUUGGAAAUGUGGUCACGCUUACUGUCUUUGUGCAAACAAGGCAGUCGAGAACACCACAGGGAUACUUGAAAGUGUCUUUGGCCAUAGCAGACAUGAUGGUCGGUGUCCUCGUCGUCCCUUUCUCCAUCUACACUGAAAUCUCUCUAAUGGUGACGAGCUCUCUUCCCAUUUGGUACCAGGGUAGUUUCACUUCCCUGGCCUCCUCCUCCCUCGGCGGAAUAGUGAGCCCCUGGCAGCCCUGCCUGCUAAUUGGCCCCGUGUUUGCUGGAUGCACUUUUGUCUCCAUUAGCACCAUCUUCCUCAUGACCUUGGAGCGAAGCGUUGCCAUCUUGUGGCCGCUCCAAAAGGAUGCCUUGGUGACUCGGAGGCGGACUCUGCUCCUCAUCCUGCUCUCUUGGGGGGCGAGCUUCCUGCUGGCUCUCGCGCCGCUCAUCUUCAGCAGUAACUUCAUUCUGGAGUACAAUGAGUGCAGUCGUAUGUGUAACUACACACCUCUAUUGCAUGGAGGUCAGCUGCCGGCCGAUGCCAACAUUUUGCUGCUGUUCCCAACGUUUGACUUCACGCUGCUCGGUGGCACGUUAGUGGUUAAUAUUUUGUCUUUCACAAGCAUUCGACGGUACUCCCGAAAACGCAAGCUGCUCUCAGAGGGGAGUCUGAGUGAUGGAGGGGGUGGAGGCGGCGUAGGAGGCUGCCCUCACAGGCCUUCUUUCUCCGACAUUAAAGCUGCUAAGACGAUUGGCAUACUGACCUUUGCCUUCACAGCAUCCUUCUCUCCCAUCGCAGUGUGUGUGCUCGGGAACGUGGUGGGAUACACCUGGUGUAACUUUUCCUUUGUUGCCUUCUGGAUCCUGACAGGAAACAGCUGCUGCAACGUGAUCAUCUACAGCGUCAGGGACCACCGCUUCAGGAAGGGUGUGACACUACUCUUUAAGCGAGACCACUCCCCCCCACAUGGCGAGAAGUCUUGAGAGAUACAUAAAUGAAUUCAUCGGCAACAGGUUUACUGCUUUGUGGCUGUUUUCCAGUUAGUUUGACUUUAAGGGAAUAGGUUGACAUUUUGAGGAAUGCAUAUUCAUUCUCUUGGCAAGAAAAAGAAGAAGCCGCUCUCUAUGUUUGUACGGAAAAUAUGAAGCUGGAGUUUGGGCUGCUUAACGUGGCUUGGUCACAUAGAUUGUAUGUAAUGAUGGAUCACGUGUCUUUUCUUCCAGAUGUGAAGCAAAAAUAAUCCAGAUUUGAACGACGCCAUCUUGUAGAUUUGGAACGAAAGUCUAUGCAGUAGUGAUUAGGGGAUGGGACCUCUGGAGCAAGGUCCCUUCGAUACAUGUGCUUGAUUCUAUUGGCAGUUGUUGAUCAUUAUGUUUCACCUUGUCUUUAUUUAAUUAAAUAAGUAUUUAUUUAAUAUAUGAUUAUAGUUACCUUAAAUGACAGAAACCAUCUCUAAGAAAAACAAUUUUUUAACAUGUUCUUUGAGUUUUUAGUUUGGUCCAUGUCCCAUCCACUAACAUUGAAUAGGCGAGAUUUACUACCUACACUUCAGGCAGCCACAUGGGGGUGAUCAAGAUGCUUUGGCUUUACUUUGGGGGAAGUGUCAUGUUGUCCAUCUUUAUAUAUUCUCUAUGCUCUGCUCUGUCUAAAGAUAACAAAAUCCUCCUUCAACCAGCUUACAGCCUUUGUGCUGAGCUAAGCUAUGCUAAGCGUACCUAUGCUAAGCUAACCUUAUUAACUCUACAUCCGUGAGAGUCAUCUCAGUCUUCUUGUUUAUCUCUUCGCCAGAAAAUGAAAUGAGCGUAUAAUCAAAAUAAUUAAUUUAAACAUGAAAGUAUUGCCAAACUUUGUGUCUAAAAACUGUAAAUAGAAGGCAAGUUUUUUUAUUUUGACAUCCAUCCACAUUUAUCUCAGCUAACAGAAACUAGUACUGUAUCUAUGCACAUCAUGAUGAUUCAGCUUUCAGGAUCUGACCAAACACAUAUACUGUAGAUCUAAAGGGAAAGAGACACUUUCUGAAUAAACUGCAGGUAUUUGUAACAACUCUACUGCCACAACAAUCUACAUCCUGCCCUCAUCGUCCUGCCUCCGUCUGGAAUCAAACCUCUGUCCUGAAGAUUUACAAUGCUUUUCAAUAACUUCAGGACUAAACCUACAGUCUCUCCAGAAGGUGCAUGGACAACCACAAUAACCGUAAUGGUUCAUUCAAGGGUUUUGUCAACUCAAGGUUUUAUUCCUGCUAUGUUUUGUUAUGGGAACAGUUCACGUAGAUCUGAUUCUGUGGUGUCACAUACAUUAUUGAGCAUCUACAUUCAUUUGUGAUAUUUAAUUUGCCUCAAUCAGAAAUGCACUUUAUCAGUUACCACAUGAGCCAUUUGCAUUGUGCCAUGUGUCAGACAAGAUUAAUUUUAUACAAGUUUUA